AUGGCAUCCGACGGAGCUCGGCCACAAGUCCGACGGCCAGACCAUCGAGUGGCUCCUAGGCCGAGCCCUCAAUCAUCGCCGCCACCGGAACCGGAACCACUCCCGCCAGCUUCUCCUCCGUUUCCGUCUCCGUACGCGGCGGUGCUGGCUCUCUCUCUUCUCCUUCCUCCACCUCCGCAUCAUCUUCGCUCGACCACAAGCCCUUGCUCGCUCCCACUCCCUUCAUACUCGGCAAACUCCUGGGAUGCCAUAGAUGGCUCCCCUUUGCCUGAGCAAAUAUGCAAGCCUUUUGCUGUCAAUGCUUGCGAUUGCCAUAUUUAUGUCGUGGGCCGAAAUCUUCAUGUUGCUGUUGGUCAUAUCUCUAGACUGCUUUCAGACGAAAAAUGGAGCUUCAGUGUUCGGUGGCAUGUAAUCGAUGCACCGGAGAGUUUAUCUGAUCACACUCCUUCAAGCUCUCAGAAUUGCAGAACUGGAAGUGCUGAAUUUGCUGCUUCUGGAUUUGGUGAAAUCGAAAAAGCUAAAGAACUAGUUGAAAUAACAGAACUAACUGCCUCAGAUUCCGACAGCAACACCAUUACUAGAAAACUCAGAAGGAGAGAGAUGGUGGAAGGACAGGUAUUUCGGGUACCUUUGGAGGAGUUGGCUAAAGUUAAAUCUAAAGAGGGAAAGAUACUCACUAAACCCUUCUUGAAUGUAUGCAAAAGUGUCUUACCGGUUUUAGACAUGUUAGGGGGAGCAUUUUCAUUUGUAAAAUCUGAUGUUGGUGGUAACAUAUUGAGAUUGGAGUCUAGGUAUGAGUCCAACCCUUGUGAAUACAAACUUCUAUACAGAGUAGUGGAGAAAGAAAUUGAAGAUAAAAUACACAAGUCUUCAUCUAGCUGCACUAAUGCCCUACUAUGGUUGACAAGGGGAAUGGAUUACAGUGUAAAAAUGUUCAGCAACUUAGAGGAACAUAAGAAUUGGAGCAUGCAAGAAGCUUGCAAUGAUUCAUACAACAAGACACUCAAAAGCUGGCAUGGCUGGUUAGCUAUUAAGACUUUCCAUGUUGCAAUGAAGCUUCUUCCAGAUAGAGAAAAAUUCAUGCAAGUGCUUUGUGGUGGAGGGGAAUUUGGACCUGAAAUGAAAAAAUUUUGUACCGAUUUUUCUUCAGUGCUUGAGGAAAAUCACAAAUUUCUGGCUAGUAUUGGAAUGGAUAACUUAAAAGCUUAA